UUUCGAGCCGGGCAGUAAAACGCGUGCAGCAUUCAAAUUUCCGUCGUGCUGUUGUGGAGUUAGCCGUCAAUCGAGUCUAAGUCCGGGCGAAAAAGAGGGAGGGAGGGAGGGUUUCGCUCCGCAAAGACGAUAGUCCGAUUUUCGCCAGGAGUGUGAAAGACUUCGUAUCUAAGGAUGGCACAGAACGUGAAUCCGUUCAGUUCGAUGCAGAAUACCCCGACUAAGGCCGCCGAGGAGAAGCAGAGUCUGCCGAAGGACAAUCAUGCAGUCAGCAAACGAUUACAAAAGGAGCUCAUGGUGCUCAUGAUGAACACUGAACAGGGAGUAUCUGCUUUUCCAGAGGGAGAAAAUUUAUUUAAGUGGAUUGGGACGAUUACAGGACCAAGAGAUACAGUAUAUGAUGGACUCAUCUAUAAAUUGACUUUAGAAUUUCCACAUAGUUAUCCAUAUAGUGCUCCUAUAGUACGUUUUGCCACACCUUGUUUUCAUCCAAAUGUAGACACUGGUGGUAACAUCUGCUUAGAUAUAUUGAAAGAAAAAUGGAGCGCAUUGUAUGAUGUCCGUACUAUUUUGCUCUCUAUACAAUCUCUUCUUGGUGAGCCUAACAACGAUAGCCCGCUUAAUCCCGAAGCAGCAGAACUAUGGAACAAUCAGACGAAAUACAAAAAGUAUCUGAUAGAAAAAUAUCACAGAGCACUUGAUCGAACACAGAGCAAUCGUAAUCAGGAUUCAUGAUAAGCCAUGUCCGUAAUUCAUUUUGGAUCAUUUAAGAUUAUUCUUAACAGUGGUAGGAUUACAAUUAAGUGUAAAACUAAUCACAAUUUUUUUGCACUCCUUGUGAGGUCGCUAAGCACUGUUAACUUUAAAUUGGAUUUUUUUUCUUUCGAAACAUGACAAUGACGAAAUUCUCCUUCAACUAUAUGUGUAUGCCACAUUGCAUUUAGUUUGUGUUUCGCAAGCUCUUUUGUAGGAACUUUUGUAAGAACAAUUAUAAAUUUAUGUAAUCAUAUUAAGACAUUAAGACAAUUGCACUGCAUUUAUUUAUUUACCAUGUAAAAAUUGUUUUUUUAUCAUUACCACCAUCAUCCAUAUAUUACAUCUAUAUUUGUUUUCAUUUUUACUGUAUAGUUCUAAAAUAAAUAUUUUAAUGAU